AUGGGGCUGGGGGGGAGAGGGGGAUGCGCCUCCGUCGUGAAUGAUGACGUCACACGAGCCUCCCCACUGACGCGGCGCGAGACUCCUAUGCGUCCACGCUCCUCUGAAGGGCCGUUCAAUGACGUCACGCAAGAGCCUACGGGAACGCACCUCCGCACCCGUCGGUGUCUGGUGGCGUCGAACAGCCUGGCGCGGGCGCGUGCCGGGGGCUGCCAUGGAGUCCAGCAUCCGCCCGGACAAGCGAAGCAGCGGAGCCACCGAGGUCCCAAGGAGCCGGGGAUCGGUCCCCAGCGCAAGCCCGGCCCGGCCCCCAGACCCUGCCCGGAAGGGGUGCUAUCCUCCCUCGGACGCCAGCGCCGCACUAUCCGCGACGCCCGCCAGCUGCGGCUACUUCGCCCCACCCCCACGCGACCGCCCCAGCCCUCCUUCGACCUGCGUCACGGCUACCGCGACCCUACGGGGCACUUAACCAAGGUGCGACUAACGCCAAUCGAGAGCCAGGAGGGCAGGCUGCUGGCCGUCAGCCUCUCUCGGGGCACCCUGAUAACGUGAGCGAGUGGAGACGCGCGGCACCGGCAGCAGCGGGAGGGCAGACGCCACGACAUGCUGCAGAGCCUGGCCUUCAUGUACCAGUUUGAGCGCUAUAAUGUGUGCGACACCCCGGAUGGGAGCCCGGACCCCACGGGGGUGGUGAACACCAACGAGGCGUUCUGCACGGUGGUGCGCACGCGGCUGGGCUCGCACUCGCUGCUCUUUGCCGGGGAGGUGGACUGCACCGACCCCCGUGGGGCCUGGCCCGAGCCCCCCGCCUGCUACGUGGAGCUCAAGACGUGCAAGGAGCUGCACAGCCCCGCUCAGCGCAGGAGCUUCUACAGGCACAAGCUGAUCAAGUGGUGGGCACAGUCCUUCCUGCCUGGCGUCUCCCGCAUUGUGGCCGGCUUCCGCGCCCCCGACGGCUCCGUGGCUGCCCUGGAGACCUUUGAGACCAUGAAGAUCUUCCAGCUGAUCCGGGGCGACCGGGGCUGCUGGAAGCCGGCUGUGUGCGUGAACUUCUGCGAGGCCUUCCUGGCCUUUCUCAAGAGCGUGGUGACAGAGGAUGAUCCGCAGUGAGUAGAAGAGAACGUGGGAGCCCCC